AUGUCUCUCAAAGUAAUUGACGUUCGCUUCGAGCACUAUCGCCACCCCAAUACUUUGGGCGUUCACGAAAAGAAACCACGCAUCUCGUGGCGCUUUCAAGACGCACCACCAGGCUUUGAGCAAGAAGCCUAUGAGAUACAGGUCAACAAGCUUUCUGGACAACGAAAAUAUCAUAUUUGUACUGUUGCGAUUGAAUCAGCUGAGUCCUACUUGGUACCUUGGCCGGCCGAUGAGCUUGUGUCUCGUCAGAGAUACACAGUCUCAGUCAGAGUAAAGGGCAAGGGUCAAACCACUUUCACUGAGUGGAGUGACGAUGCAUGGCUAGAAACCGGUAUCUUUGAAAGAAGUGGCUGGAAGGGCAACUUCAUUUCGGCACCAUGGUCAGAAAAAGACAACCACAAGCCCCAGCCAGAAGACCUCUUUCGAAAGCGGUUCUCAUUGAGUGGAAUGAUACAAUCAGCACGACUGUACAUAACAGCUCGAGGUGUAUACGAAGCCGAGAUCAAUGGUCAACGCGUCGGUGAUCAGUUCUUAGCACCGGGCUGGACUUGCUACGAUGAUCGGUUGACAUACCAAACUUACGAUGUCACGGAAUUUAUCAAUGGACAGGACAACUGCUUGGGUGUCCGUUUGGCCGAAGGAUGGUUCACUGGUCGCCUUAGCUUUGACGGCGGCCGAAGAAAUAUCUACGGUACUCGAACGAGUUUACUGGCACAGCUAGAACUACAGUUCGACGACGGGUCUAAUCAAGUUAUCUGGACAAACAACGAGUGGGCAGUAUCUCAAGGUCCCAUUCGCCAAGCAGAGCUUUAUGAUGGAGAGAAGUAUGAUGCCACUCUCGAAAUAUUAGGGUGGUCUUCUCCUGGUGACAUAAAUGGUCCUUGGAAGAAGGCGGAAGAGUUGCCAUUCAUUUCGGAAGAGAUUCACCUUACCGCUGCUAUUUCUGAGCCAGUUCGUCGCAUUGAGAAUGUCGCGCCUGUUGAGAAGAUUGUCACGCCAACAGGAAAGACAAUCAUCGACUUUGGUCAGAACCUGGUAGGCUAUAUCCGCAUCAAGCAGGUCAAGGGCCUGCGCGGACAUAAAAUCACAUUGCGACAUGCCGAAGUUCUCGAGAAUGGAGAAUUGGGCACAAGGCCUCUUCGGAAAUGUGAUGCCACCGAUGUCUACACACUCAGAGGUGAUGCAGAACCAGAAAAGUAUGAGCCAAGGUUUACCUAUCAUGGAUUUCGCUAUUUGCAAGUCGAAGACUGGCCUUGGCCUGAAAAAGACGUCACAGACGCUGUCGAGGCUGUGGUAUGUCACACGGAUAUGGAAGAACAGGGAUACUUUUCAUGUUCGGAUGACAAACUGAACAAGCUAUUCAGUAAUGUCCGCUGGAGUAUGAGAGACAACUUUCUUUCGAUACCUACGGAUUGCCCCCAACGAGAUGAACGUCUUGGAUGGACAGGUGACUUGGCAUUAUUUGCCCCAACGGCUACUUUUAUCUACGGUUGCUAUCCAAUCUUGAAAGACUGGCUCAAGGGUGUCUGGUUUGACCAGAAACAGCGAGGUGGUAUCCCUCCGAUGGUCUCGCCCAACGUGCUUGAUAAGUGCAGGAUCUGGGGUCCUAUCUGGCCUUGUGCAAUUUGGCACGAUGUUGUUGUUUUGGCGCCAUGGGCUUUGUACCAAGAAACAGCAGAUCCAUCAAUUCUAGCUGACCAGUUCAAGUCUAUGGAGACUUGGUUGAGAGUCAUUCCUAGAAACAAAGAAGGGUCUACUCAUCUUUGGUUCUUUGACGCGGAUCAACUUGCGGACUGGCUUGAUCCGAGUGCACCACCAGACGAUGCAGCUAAAGCUACUACCGAUCCUCCAUUAGUUGCCAACGCAUUCCUGAUCCAUUGUCUCGACAUUAUGGGCCAGGUAUGCAGUGUACUGGGAAAGGCAGAGACUAGCUCUUACUACACCACAUGGGCUGAGAAGGCACGCGCCGAGUUCAACCAAGAAUACGCUUCUCCAAAUGGCCGUCUCGUAUCAGACACUCAGACUGCUUACGCUCUCGCCAUCUGCUUCAAUCUACUCAACAAAGAACAGCUAUCACACGCGGGCUCACGACUGUCAGACAUUGUCAGACGAAAUGGAUUCCGCAUAGGCACAGGCUUUGCCGGAACGCCGUAUGUCUGCGAAGCCCUCACCCGAACAGGCCACAGCAAUGUGGCUUACGCGAUGCUUCUAAACGAGAAGUGCCCGUCUUGGCUGUAUGCUAUUUCUAUGGGCGGCACAACAACCUGGGAACGAUGGGAUAGUAUGCUACCAGAUGGAUCAAUCAACCCUGGUGAGAUGACCAGUUUCAACCACUACGCUUAUGGAGCUGUAGCCAAGUUUAUGGUGGAAAGACUUGCCGGCUUACAGCAAGUCGAGGCUGGAUGGAAGAAGUCGAGAGUGCAGCCAGAAAUUGUGGGAGAUUUCAAGUGGGCGUCUGCAUCUCAUCUUACACCUUAUGGGAAGGUGUCAAGUUCUUGGAAAUUGGAGACUGAAGAUGGCAAGGAUGUGCUACAUGUGGAUGUUGAAGUACCAACCGGUACCACAAUGGAAGUGGUGUUACCUGACGGAAAUCACAACAAGACAGAGAUUGUUGGCUCAGGAAAAUGGUCUUUCAAGGCGAAAUAUGAGAAAAGAUCUGAGUGGCCAGUGAAGGAGACAAAGUUUAUACUGCAGGAGAUUGUUGAGGAGACUGAGAGAGAGAAAAGUGUUUAG